CUCAUCUGGAAAUAUCUUCAGAGAAACUACAAAAACAAAUACGUGAAAUAAAAAGAAUAACAGCUAAAUUCUCAAGGUCAUGGCUUCCCCAGAAGGCUUUGCUUCUGUUUUUUACAGUGAACCGUCUGUCCUCGGCCUGCUGUCUAAUGUAGUCAGUGUCUUUUAUGUUGCCUUGCAAAACUUUUCCAAAGCCAGUUCUGGAGUGGCAGCAGUUGGUAUAGAAAAUAUCUUGGCUGGUGUGCACCUGGUUUUAAUUGGAGGCAUUAUACAGUUAAUAUCUGGACUUCUGACAUUUCGGAAAUACGACCAUCUAGCUGCUACUACUUUUGUGGCUUUUGCAGCAUUGUGGAGCAGUUAUGGGGCAACCCGAAUCAUUUUAGGUGUACACCCACUCUCUUUUAACAGUUCUGAUAAUAGUUCUGUGUCUCCCUCUAUGAACAGCACUGCAGCACCUGUUGAGAACACAUUAAUGGCAGAUGUAGCCAUCAGUGAGUCAGCUGUUGCUGGGUUAGUGGCCUACAUUAGUGUGGCCUUCAUUGUGUCAUUUUGUUCAGCCACAUCAAACUAUAUCAUGCCUUUUGUUUUUGGGGCAAUUACACUUACUCUGGUAUUUGAAGCAGUCGGCUUGUUCAGUCAGUGGGCAUUGAUUGUUUCUGGGGUAAUACAGCUGAUCAUUAUUCUGCUUGGAUUUUAUGGAGCGGCUGCCCUUCUUUUAAAGGGCAUUUAUCAGAGACAUGUCAUCCCGGGGUUCGGGAAUGCCCUUUUUGAUGUUCUGCUUUUAGGAGCCAAAACCAAAACAUCAACAAAGAAAAUCAGUGACGAGAAGAAAAAGAAUACAAAAUAUGCAGAGCCAAUGGCCCUGGGAAACUUGUCUGAUGUAAUCUCUGCUUUUAUUUUUGCCUUUUAUUGUUUUGAUUACAUAAAGAAUUUUUAUGUAGGAACAAUAUGGAUUAGCAUAAAUGUCGUCUCUCAGAUAUUAGCCAGUUAUUAUGCAUAUUUACGAGAUGAUGUCUACCAUGCUGCAAAGUUUGGGAUGCACAGCAUGUACUGGUUAGUGAAGGUCUGGGAAGAGUUUGUCAUUACUGUUUUCUUGAGCUCAAAAUACACUACAGAUAAUAUCAGGAUAGAAAUGCUUGGUGACUGGUUUUUCCUUGUAAUUGCUUUAAUUUUUUGCCUGAUAGCACUAAACAGAGACACACUGGAGUUGCUUCAUAAUGGAUUUUUUGUCCUUCUGACUGUUUCAACCAUACCCCAGAUUUGGGGCAUUGCUUAUUAUAUGUUCUUUGGCAUUAUGUGCUCUCUGUAUGCUGCUCUGUCAUUAUAUUCAACUUUUGUUAGCCUUAUAAACUCCAUAGCUGAAAAAACACUAAUCUCACUGGGACCCCAGUUACUCAGUACAAAAAAAUUUAAAAAUGCAUUGUUUGCAGUGAAAAGAUGCUGCAACAAAAUAAAAGACAUUCCAACUUCAACUACUGCAGAACUGCCCGAUGCACUUUUCUAUAUCUGCAAUGGCCUAGCUGCAAUAUCUGCAUUACAAAGCAAGUAUCCCAAUAAUAAAUAUUCUCAUCUGUCAAUUCCUUGGGUGCUGAUUCCUGGUACUAUUGUCCAGCUUUAUGUCUCAAGACUGCAAGUCAGAGGUGGACAAAGAUUUGGUCCGGUUUUGCCAUUCUGUUAUGCUGGAAUCUGGGCUACGUGGACUUGGCUACGCUUUGCAGGCGAUCUGCUCAAUAUUGACCCUUCCUCCUAUGCUGGGUUUACAGUGGGAGCCAUUGCAUUCCUCAUCAUCAACGCCUCUUUAAUGGUUUUAGCUGCCUAUCAAAACCUAAUUCUUCUAGUACUUUCUACAGUAAUUGAGGUGCUGGUUGUUUGCUUCUUGUUGUUCACAUUGAAGAGACUGCCUCUUCCUUUCGAAGGUGUGAUGUUAGCCAUUUGCAGCCUUGUUUGUGUUUAUGGAACUGUUGCCUCACUUGUUAAUUACAUGUUCAAAAGUCAGUUAAUACCCAUGGGAUCACCAUUACUCAAGGCUGUACAAAACAAAAAUCAAGAUGCAACUCCACCAUGUCCUACUCCAAGUUCACACCGUACGAGUGGGAUCAGAGCCAUUGCAGAGAUAUUGGAUGCUGGUGGUGUAUGUGGGGUUCCUUCUGAUACCGUGUACACCCUUGCUGCUUCAUGUAAACACCCCAAAGCCAUUGAAAGGAUCUAUAAUAUCAAGGAGCGUCCUCUUGAAAAACCUCUGUGCCUCACAAUUGGUAGCAUGGAGCAACUGCAAGCAGUCAACCCCCCUUUCAGUCCUCUACUGUGGGAGUUCCUGACGAACAUCUACCCAGGGUGCAUUGGCUGCAUUGUCCCAAAAGGGGAGUGGCUUAAGGAACUGGGUGUUGGAAUAGCCUAUGACUACGUGGGUACAAAAGACAGCAUUAUGAUAAGAAUUUCUGACCUCACUACUACAGCUCAUCUGCUGAAAAUGACUGGGCCUCUAGCCAUUACUUCAGCCAAUCCCAGUGGGGAGCCUGACAGCAUACACCAUGAUAUGGUCACGACCCGUCUCGGGCACAAGCUUGAUGGAGUUCUUUGUGAUGGAGAUUCAACUGAACUAGUUUCCUCUACUGUUGUUAACUGUACGCGAAUUGAUGAAGGUGUGCUGACAUUUAUACGAGAAGGACCUGUUCCAGUCUCUAAGGUAUUACAGUUAUUUGAACAAGUCAAGAAAAAUUUUGUGUAAAAGCAAAAUACUUCCAAACUUGUAUCAUGGACUGAAGGCUAUUAUGUAGCUACUGAUGUAGCAGUAUUUAUUACAUAAAAAUAUUUAUACCUUAAAUGGUUUUAAAAUUAUGCAGCAGGGUCUGUACUCCCAAGGUAUUUCUGGACAUUAUCCAGAACAAAUUCAGUAAUGUCAGUUAUUAAGAUUUUCCAGCACAUCAAUAUACCUUUGUAAGGACUACGUUCUUGUUACAUUUAUUUACUGCACCAAAGGAUGUUUACAUGAGUAUAGAGUUAAUGCAUUGCUGCUAACACUUUGUAUUUUAAUGUAUUUUUCAUAUGCCAUAACAUGGACAAAGACAUCGACUUGAACUUCCAGCACAUCUUUUUCACUUCUGUGUAUAUAGAUAUUUAAGAGAUAAUUUCCUACUUAAAAAUGACAAACUGAAUUAUGAAGAGAUAAUUUUUGGAAGCUCCCUGAUAGAGUGAUAUCACAAUGACAUUCAUCAAAUUAGACUUUUCAUUCUAUGUGAGAAUGGUCACCAUACAGGCCAAAUUCUUACUGAGCUGUAUUAAAGCUUGUGGUAAUGACAAUAUAGCAGGUGACAUUUAACACAAGUUUACACGACAUGUACACAACCUGCAAGUGUAUCCAGGACUUCAAAAGUGACCAGAAAUCCUGUGCAAGGAGUUUGUCAUUGUUUCAGAACAUAUUAAUUCUGCAGCAGGUCUGUAGUAAAUGUUAAACCAUUUCUGAUACUGCGGGUCUAGACUUCUGCGAGUCCAAAAUUUAUUUAUUUCCACCUUGUUUAAAUUAUUAAAAUUGCCAUUGAUUUGUAUCAAAUUCAUGAAAAUAAUUAAUCAUGUUAUUUAAAUAUAUGUGUAAUCUGAAUGUAUGUCACAUAAGAAACUUGCUGGCAUAAGUUUCACUCGUGUUUACAUAUGCACAUCCAAUGCACUUUAAAAUACAUGAAGGUUAAUAUGUAUGAGCAUAAUAUUACAGUUUGUAAAAAUGUCUAACUGUUCUGUGUACAGGUUUUGUAAAAGAAAAUCAUCUAUUAAAUUUUAAUAAACAAAUGAAAAAUGU